CUAAUACUUACCACCAAACCAAUCACUUCUUGCACUUUCAUGUUCAAAUUGUUGAACUCAAGAUUAUCAAAUCUUGUUGCCUAAUAUCUUCCUUAUUGAUGAUGGCACUUAAUUCAUUCUCACCACUUUCAAUUAAUUCUCACCAUGUUUCAUCUUAUCCUUCAAGUUCCAAGAUUUCAAACACACUGCAUUUUCAUUCAAAGUCCUCUCAAAUUGUCUGCAAAAUCAACUUAAACAAUCAUAAUCCUCAAGAAUCCAAGAAAUGGGGGAAACUUGUUUCAGCCACGUUGGCAGCUGCUGUUAUUGUUUUCACUUCUGACAUGUCUGCCCUUGCUGAUCUUAACAAAUUUGAGGCUGACAUUAGGGGUGAAUUUGGUAUUGGAUCUGCUGCACAAUUUGGAUCAGCAGACCUUAAGAAAACGGUGCAUGUGAAUGAAAAUUUCAGAAGAGCAAAUUUCACAUCUGCUGACAUGAGAGAAUCCGAUUUUAGUGGUUCUACUUUCAAUGGUGCAUAUCUUGAAAAAGCUGUUGCAUACAAGGCAAAUUUUACUGGUGCUGAUUUGAGUGAUACGUUGAUGGAUCGAAUGGUUCUUAAUGAAGCGAAUCUCACCAAUGCAAUUCUUGCUAGAACAGUCCUCACACGGAGUGACCUAGGAGGUGCCGUCAUUGAAGGAGCCGACUUUAGUGAUGCUGUUUUGGACCUUCUCCAAAAGCAGGCUUUAUGCAAGUAUGCUAGUGGCACAAACCCUGUAACAGGAGUAAGCACAAGAGCAAGUUUAGGUUGUGGGAACAAACGACGAAAUGCUUAUGGCAGCCCAUCAUCUCCACUGUUAAGUGCUCCACCGCAGAAAUUGCUCGACCGGGAUGGUUUCUGCGAUGAAGCAACAGGCCUUUGCGAUUCGAAGUAGUUAAUUUGAGCAAUGAUUGCUAUGAGACCAUAUUCUUGUAAAUAUAUCAGGGAGAACAAACAAUUGAGGCUAAUGUCAUAUGUGUGUUUUGGCCAUGAUUUCUCAUUGAAAAUAUAUGACAAAAUUUUCAUGAUCUUUGAAAAUCAUUUUCUUGUUUAAAUUUAUGUGUGGAUAUUCCUUUUAGGAAAUUGUAAUUCUAUGAUGAAAUAGUACCUUUUACAUAUUCUUUAUGUUGUAGAA